AUGAUGGUCAACAAGCCCGGGAGCAGCUGCAACAAACAGAGUACCCAGUAUGGAUUGCAAAUAUCCCUGGAUGUCUGGAAGAGUGGAACUUGUAAUGCUUUCUGCGGAUUCUAAAAAUAUCUGUGUUGCAUGAGCAGCAACAAGAGGUGAGGAGUCAGUUCUUGGCACGCGGAGAGGGCACCUCUGAUGCGUAAUUAGCAUCAAGAAGCUCUGAAAAAAUCUGCGAUGCUAGGACCAGCAUCACAGACCUCACGGGUCAUGCAAAAUGUGCAUGACAAGCCUCGGCUCUUCCAGACCCUCCAGACACUUUUACAAUUGAUACCCAGCCGCUUCUGUUGAACACGGAGCCCGCCGCCGACGUCCUUUCGGACAACGAGAGCGGGGCCUGCUUCCUGUGCCUCGAGGGGGACGGGGAGAACCCGCGGGACAAGCUGCUACCCUGCUGCACGCGCUGCAACGCGAUGACGCACGCCCGGUGCUGGCAGGAGUACCGGUACAACCAGCGUAUCGCCUCGCUGCGGUGUCGCAUGCUCCGGGUGAGCCUGCCGCGAAGCCAGAUGCUGUGCACCAUUUGCAAAACCGGCAAUGCUAUGCAUUGCAAAAGUAUAUCGUACUCGUUCUCGUACUAAUUGCAACUAUGCAUGACAAGUCUGGCCCUUAAAGGUAAAACAGCAUGACAAAAUCCAGUGCUCAUGCUGAGAAAAUUUGUAUAUGCAUUUAUAGGAGUACGAUACUUUUGCAGUUCAUAAAUGCAAAGAUUUCACGGGAGGAAGACGCGGUGCUGAAAAGCUGGAUGUGGUGUGGAGAGAGCAGAAUAGACAGCGAAGAAGAAGUAUCCAAGAAAAAAAAUCGCAGUCGUCCCAAAAAAAAUUUCUCUUUGCACGACACUCAGCAACACACUGUACUAUGCGGAGAGCAUGACAUCGACAUCACACAAAACCUGUGAUGCGUCAGACACGACAAGAUGAAACAGAACCUAUGCAAGGCACUUUUCAUUUGCAUGUAAUGCGAGCAUGACAAAUGACAUUGACAAAGAGUUGUCCGCAUGAGAAGUAAAGUUGAGACUGAGACAAUUUUUUCUCGCGAUAAGAAUUCAAUGGAGAAAGCCAGGAUCUUGUCGACGUAGCCGCAGCCAUGUGCUCCUUCCGCGUCGUGGUCACGAAUUUGGUCCUCCUCCUCGUGUGUGCAACGGUGACCGCGGUCGUCUUUGCCAAGUCCGAGAGUGCCUACGCGGGCGACUGGGUGAUGGUUAGCUUCGUGGUCGUAUGCAAUACAAAUUUCCCGUACAUCACAAAUUUCGCCAACUUGGAUGACGAAGCAACUUGUCAUGCUGAAGAGGAUUCAAGGAAAAUUUUGUCAUGCAGAAACCGCACUUGUGCCACGUGUGCGGGAAAUGUACUGUGGAUAAGUCGCGUUCGAGUGGGUUCUGGUGCAGAUAGUGUUCUUGUUUCUGUUAACCAGAAGACGGCAGCGGCUCCGGGCGGCCCAGCGGGGGACGGAACAGGAGGAGGUGGUGUGAAAGCGAGGAACAAGUAGAAGAGGAGACUGCUGCUGUGCUUCUAAAACCGACUCACACGUCGACACCGUCAGUUCAUCUGCAGGAGUGCGCGGCUACAAUUGUAGUGAUGCUGCCAGUUAAUACUUUUACACGCAUGUUGACCUGAUGUAUGACCACGACGAGAAAAGAGGAGGGCUCGUCUUCGGUUUUAGUAGCUUUAGAUGAUGAACUACCUCCGUUCAUAACGAACCCAGAGAAAAAGU